AUGUUACCUUCAUCAUUUGACCCAUUCCCUCUCGGCAUCAUGUCAGAGACUGCGAGAACAGGACUGGAGUCGCUACCUGAUGAAAUAAGAUCCCACAUCUUGACAUAUCUUGUGGCCCCGCCGCCGUCCUGGAAUUGGCAGAAGAAUACGCUUGACAUCCAUCUGACCCAUUCACCUGACUUGACAAGUAAACCCUUGAAAUCCUUGAUUCUCGUAUCCAAGACCUGGUAUCGAUUAGUCUCACCUUUGCUAUACUCGCACCUACAACUUCGCCUCCAAACUCCUACAACCCAAGCCGAGCCAUUAUUACUUGCACCAAAAAUAAACACUAUAACCGCCAGCUUCAGAGAAUGGCUUUUCAACGAUCCGGGCUAUCCACAUGAUAUUCGACUGCCAUACAGACACGUUUGGCAGAACGCAGCAACAGAUAAAGCCGCUCUAUGGACUGCAACACUAAACCAACAAUUGUCCAGCUUGUUCACAUUUCUCGAGUCGCCGAAUAAUGGCAGCACAAGCCAUGCUGUACAGUCUCUAAUCGUCACUGCUACUGGAGAGCUCAGCAAUAAUGACCUCGAUUACAUCCGUGAUGAGCUACACUGUUUGAUUGCGACUGACGCCUUCUGGAACGUGCUUUUCGAGAAGUUAGAUCCCGCAAGAGUCACUGUUCUAGCACCUCCAAGCAAGCUCGCUUGCCUGCUCGGGUGUAGUAUGAACAUGCUGGACGCUUGGGCAUUUCCGGGCAUGUCAAUGCAGCUGGUUUCGGUAUGGAGGGAGCCUAGACCAGUCGAAAUCGCCGACCAUUGUCGCUCACCCUCUGAGAGCGACUAUGACAUGAUGCAGCCAGUGGAACUGGUCAUGGAGCCCAACGAGUACGGUAGACCCGCCUUCUCAAGCAUGGUCUACAUCAGACCAUGGACUCAUAUGGCUGUAAAUGAAGGCUCAUUUCUCGAAGCUUACUCGACGUACGAGUAUUUCCACAAGAAUCCUCCAGGCAUCUUGGCAUCGGUAGGUAGAGCAUUCCGGCUUGAGAUGGACAUGUGGUCGGUAUCGUACAAGGCCGUCUUUCCCUUUGGCAAUCACAUCGGCUCACCACUUGACCGAAUCACAUACAAGGGCAAUUCAUCAAACGUACGAAAACUUUACGUCAAGUUGGCACCAGACCCGGAUGACACAAUUCUGGAUGAUCCCGCCCAAGUUGGGAAGGCCGACAUUGCUGAUUGCUGGCGUGAGGUAGAGUCGGCAUACAGAUUCCUGACCGAUCCAGCUCUCAGAGGUGAACCGGACUUUGCACAACCUGGGUCGGCCAGGGAGCUUGAAAUAUUUGGCUUCGGAGACAGUAGCAUCUCUUCGAUCAGAGAGACUGUCAACGGCUCGCUAACUACUGCGGGAUGGCAAGAGGUGAUCGAAAAUGAGUGGCACAGCUCCCGACUUACAUCUUGUUUGAGGACGUCGGUAAAUGACGAGAUGGACAUCUCAAGAGACUGA